AUGCCUUCAGCUAUUGUCACCGGUGCCACGGGCAUCCUUGGCCGAGAGAUUGUCAAGGAACUCUGCAGCAGACCCGAAGAAUGGAGCACCAUCUACGCCAUGUCUCGCUCCAAGAAGGAGGACUUUGGCCCUAGGGUCAAGCACGUCCACCUUGACUUGACGGCCGCAGCCGAGACCAUGUCAGAUGACUUCAAGGACGUUGACGCAGACUAUAUCUUCUUUGCUGCCUAUUUGCAGCAAGAUUCGGAGGAAGAUAGCACCCGCGUGAAUGGCGACAUGCUCAAUGCCUUUUGCAAGGCUCUCGAGAUUACCGGGCGUGCAUCAUCCAUCAAGCGUUUCGUCCUCGUUACUGGAGCCAAGAACUAUGGCGUUCAUCUCGGCCGGGUUAAGAUUCCCAUGCAAGAGACUGAUCCAUGGCUUCCUGAACCUCCCUUUCCUCCCAACUUCUACUACCGCCAACAGCGUAUUCUGCACGAAUUCUGUGAAAAGCACAGCAUAGAGUGGAACGUCACUUAUUCCAACGAAGUUUUUGGGUUCGCCAAGGGCAAUUUCAUGAACUUUGGCAGCGCAAUUGCCAUCUACGCCGCCGUGUCCAAGGAACUCGGGGACGAGCUUGUGUUCCCUGGGUCUGAAGAGUUCUACACCAACGCAACCGUCUUCACUGACGCUGGCCUACACGCGCGGUUUUCCCGUUGGGCGGCUCUGGAGCCUCGGGCAGCUAACGAGGCCUUUAACGUCGUGAAUGGCGACGUGGAGUCGUGGAUGAACCUGUGGCCUCGCGUCGCAAAAUAUUUCGGCCUCAAAGUUCCUGCUGACCAGUUCCUCCGAGAUGCCCCCCUCGCGUCAGAGAGGCCGCUGCAGCCAGAACCACCAGCGUCGGUCCUUGCCAAGGAAAUGGGCCUACAGGAUCGUGUGCCUCAGAGCUACAUCCGCCAACGCAUUGAUCUCGUCAAGUGGUCUCAGACUGAACAAGUGCAGAAUGCUUGGAAGAAGAUGGCGGACCGAGAAGGACUAGAUCCCUCGGCUCUGAACAAGGCGUCGUGGGCUUUUGCUGGAUUCGCUUGGGGUCGAGACUACAACGUCGUCUUGAACAUGACCAAAUCUCGAAAGCUGGGGUGGACUGGGUAUCUUGACAGUUGGGAGAAUCUGGAGUCUAUCUUUGAUACCCUUCAGAAGGAAAAAGUCAUCCCAAAGAUGUAA